CUGGGAACGAUGGAUCCCUCGGCAGCUGCCGCCGGGGCCCUGGACGGCGCCGAUAUUGGGUCACAGAGAGACAGAGUGGUGACCGAGGAGGAAUGGCUGCACAAGUGGGAAAUGCGUAACAUUGGGUUUCACAAGGAGCAAGGCCAUCCGCUCCUACAGAAGUAUCUGGACGUUCUUUUAAAUGGCAGAAGUGGACUGAGGAUAUUUUUCCCACUUUGUGGUAAAGCAGUAGAGAUGAAAUGGCUGGCGGACAUGGGACACCGUGUUGUUGGUGUGGAAGUCAGCGAGCAAGCGCUGAAGGAGUUUUUUGCAGAACACAGUCUUCCUUAUUGCGUGGAGCCAGUCCCAGAGAUUUCAGGAGCAAAAAAGUUGCAGAGUACCUGUGGGAACAUUUCUCUGUACUGCUGCAGUAUUUAUGAUUUGUCCAGCUCAAUAGUUGGCAAGUUUGAUGGGGUUUGGGACAGAGGAGCUCUAGUAGCUGUGAAUCCAUGUGACAGACAACGCUAUGUCAGUUUGAUGAUUACCCUAAUGGAGAAAAAUUCUUCUUAUCUCCUCGUUACAGUUUCAUAUGAUCCAAACAAACACAAAGGCCCACCAUUUUAUGUUCCUGAAUCUGAAAUUAUAAGUUCCUUUGGGAACCACUGUGAAAUUAAGUGUCUUCAGAAAGUCGAUGACUUCACAGACAAACACAGACAAUGGGGACUAGAUUAUUUUCUUGAGGUGCUAUAUAUACUUAAGUUUGUUAAAAUAAAUUAAAAUAACUUACCUCUCA